UCUUCUUUCUGACCAGUUGCUGUUCACACGAGAUCCAGAAAACUUAUCAUAUCACAGUAUCUUUCUCCUAGGAUAAUUGUUAGUCAGGUCUGGUUUUUCCAGAACCUUGAACUCUAUAAGGGACCAUGUCUUCUUUUGGAUACCGCAGAGAGAUCAGUAAAUAUGAAGAUAUUGAUGAAGAUGAGCUACUGGCCUCAUUAACAGCAGAGGAGUUGCAGGAAUUGGAGAGGGAGCUGGAGGAUAUUGAGCCUGAUCGUAAUCUCCCUGUUGGAAUGAGGCAAAAAAGUCUAACGGAAAAAUCUCCAACUGCAAAUUUUAGCAGAGAGGCAUUAAUGGCUUAUUGGGAAAAGGAGACCAAAAAAUUAAUGGAGAAGGAGCAACUUGGUGCAUGUGAUAAGACUCAUAAGGAUGAAGAAGAUGGAAGUGAAGAAGAAGAUUUUGUAGGAAGUAACAGUGAGGUUUCUGAAGAGGUUUAUACAGAAGAAGAUGAAGAUGAGGAAGAGGAGGAGGAGGAAGAGGAGGAGGAGGAGGAGAGGGAAGAGGAGGUGGAAACAGAAAGUGAUGAGGAAGAAAUUAACCAUGAAGAAGAAACCAUUGAAGCUAGAAGUAGUUCUGACAGCAUCCCAACAAUAAGAAUCAACGGACUCAAUGAUAAUAAAGCCUCAUCCAAUGGUUACAAUGGCAUUGGUGCAAAAUAUGGCAAACAAACCAAUGAGCUUCCAAGCAAUAAAGCAGCUUCUGGCCUUGCUGGCUCCAACCCGACAGUUAUAGAUGAUGCUCUAGAAAAUAUUAAAAACAAUGACCCAGACACUUUGGAAGUCAAUCUAAAUAACAUAGAGAACAUCACAUCAGAGACACUUAUAUCCUUUGCACUAGGUCUGAAAGAAAACACAAACGUUAAAGUAUUUAGCUUGGCUAACACACAUGCCGAUGACAAUGUUGCAAUAGCAAUUUCUAAUAUGCUUCGAGUCAAUCGAAGUAUUACAAGUCUAAACAUAGAAUCUAACUUUAUCACAGGAAAAGGCAUACUAGCUAUUAUGAGGGCUUUGCAGUACAGCAAUAAUGUGCUGACAGAACUGAGAUUCCAUAACCAGAGGCAUAUCAUGGGAAGUCAGGUGGAGAUGGAAAUAGCAAAAUUGCUCAAAGACAAUACUAGCGUUAUAAAAUUAGGCUAUCACUUUGAGCUGGCAGGACCACGUAUGUCUAUGACAAGUAUUCUGACAAGGAAUAUGGAUAAACAAAGACAGAAAAGGAUGCAGGAGCAAAAAGAAUCUGGUUAUGAUCCCAACUCUAACCUCAGUACCAAAACUCUGCAAAGAGGAACACCAGGGGCCUCACCAUAUUCUUCCCCUAGAGGUUCACCAUGGGCUUCUCCAAAAAUAACUAGAAAGGUUCAGCCUGAAAACACAUCAACACCUUCACCACCACCACCACCACCACCUCCACCACCUCCUCCUCCUUCAAUUUUUCCAAUAGUUCAGCAGGAAAAGAAAGUUCCCAGCAGAAAUAUUGCAGAAGUUAUCAAACAACAUGAAUUAUCUGCAAAAAAACAGCAAAAUGGGCAUAAAAAAACAAAAGGGAAAAAAAGUAAAAAGGAACAGAAUAAUAUUUUGAAAGAGAUAAAAAAUUCUUUGAGAUCAAUCGCUGAAAUGAAACCAGAAGAGGUGUCCAGGCCCUCAACACCCCAGAGAUCUCUACAUGAUAAUCUUAUGGAUGCAAUUAGAGGGAGCAGCGUGAAACAGCUGAAGAAGGUGGAUGUUCCAAAAUCCCUUCAAUAAGUUCCGAACUCUACAAGAAAAAUCAACUGAAUGCUGCUGCAGAGAAUCUUUUUCCCCAUUAAGCAUAUGUACUCUGACAAAAUGCAUUUUGGGUUUAGCACGGCACAUGGUUGUUAAAAGAACAUUUGUAAAUAUUGAAUACACUUUUUUAUUUGAAAAAUUUCCUUUUCUGUGUACUAUAAAAUUGUUUUUUUUAUGUAUGUUGGAUAAUUAUCACAAGUUAUUUUGCACUAAAAAGAUUUGUUUCCAUGUUUUUUUAUUUUUGAAAAUACUAAGGACAAAUAUGAAAUAAAGGUGUUUUUUGUUUCCUUUGUUUUUUGAAAGCUAAAACAUGGACUAAUACAAAGUUCCAUAAAAAAAAGCAUUUCUUGCUUAUAAGUUUGCAAAAUAUCUGAAAUCAUUUUCGAGUAGCAUUUUGUUGCAAAUACGUGUUUUUUACUAAAUGUAUUAAAAGAAUUAAUAUAA